CUGCCCACCGCAAAUGUCUUCUCCAGGAAAGUUGUACUGCUGCUAGACAGUUUCAGACCUCACUCCAGCUGACUUCUGACCGGGCUUCUCAUCUAGACAAAAAGAGGGCUAAAGCACAACAUGAGGGUGUGGAUUGUCUUUCUCCUGUGCCUGGCCGGCAAGGCCAUGGCGGCUCCUACUGAGGCGGAGGAGGUUGCUCUGGACAUGGCUGUAGAGGAGACAAUUGUGGAUGAGCCAGUUGUGGAGGACCUCGCUGCUGAGGAGCCAGUCAUGGAGGAGGAGGAGGUUAUCAUUGAGGAGGGAGAGGAGGUCGGAGCCAACCCUGUCCAGGUGGAGACUGGAGACGAGGCUUUUGAUGAGGCCAUUGACAUCGAGGAAGUUGCCACUGAGAAUCCCUGCCUCAACCAUCACUGCAAGAAGGGCAAGGUCUGUGAGGUUGAUGAUGACAACAGCCCCAUGUGUGUGUGCCAGGACCCUACCACCUGCCCUGCUGCUGUUGGAGAGUUUGAGCAUGUGUGCAGCAAUGACAACAAGACCUUUGACUCCUCCUGCCACUUCUUCGCCACCAAGUGUGCCCUGGAGGGAACCAAGAAGGGACACAAGCUGCACCUUGACUACAUUGGACCCUGCAAAUUCAUCGCUCCCUGCAUGGAGACCGAGCUGAAGGAGUUCCCCCUGCGCAUGAGGGACUGGCUCAAGAACGUCCUGGUGACUCUGUACGAGCGCGAUGAGGACAACAACUUGCUCACCGAGAAACAGAAGCUUAGAGUGAAGAAGAUCUAUGAGAAUGAGAAGAGGCUGCAGGCUGGAGAGCACUCCCUGGACCUCCUGGCCCUGGACUUCGAGAAGAACUACAACAUGUACAUCUUCCCCGUCCACUGGCAGUUUGGCCAGCUUGACCAGCACCCCGUUGAUGGGUACCUGACCCACACGGAGCUCUCCCCCCUUCGUGCUCCUCUGAUUCCCAUGGAGCACUGCACCACCAGCUUCUUCGAGCAUUGCGAUGCUGACAGCGACAAAUACAUCGCUCUGGAGGAGUGGGCCCAGUGCUUUGGUCUCAAAGAGCAGGACGUCGACAAGGACCUCGUCAUCUAAAUACCUGCACACUCUUUGACGCAUCCUAGUUUUGAUUGGGAGAGGUGCUAACCCCUUAAAUUAAAUUUACAGUAAUGGUGCUAAUUGCAAUUUCUAACAAUGUACCUAUACCACUAACAAAAGAAGAAGAAAAAGUGCACAGUCCACAUUAUCCAUCAUGCCAUACAGUUGAGCGCUUCUAAGUUUUACCUUUCUUGUUUGUGCAAAAUGAAAGAUUGAGUGAUGUAGGUACGUGUACGAUGGGAGAUAGAGACAGCAAAGGUGGGAGCAAGUGCAUGUUAUGGCUAGACUGUAUGUUGGCAAACUUGUAAAAAGUAAAAUGGGUGCACACAGAGAUAUAUAUUUUUCACUGAAUCAGGGCUUUUCUCAAAGAGUUCAUAAGGCGAAGAAAUGUAAAAUCAAAAUAAAAGUCCCAAAAUAAAUGUCCCUUCUGCUUGCUUUAUAAACUUAUAGUUGUAUUUGUUGCACUCCUUGGUGGUGGAUUCAUUUUGAGUUUUAUAAUGAUUUUAGUAGACCAAGAAGCUUUUUCAAACUUGAGCCCUGAACUUCAAGAAGUUUAUUUUAUUUUAUUAUUUUUUAUGUGCUUAUUGUUCCUUGUCACAAACAGGGGUCAACAUGUGUGUGUGGACAUUUGAACAAUAAAAAAGGAAAUAUUAUUUGAACUUAGGAGGAUGGAAUCUCGCAGGGUGAGACUAUUUCUCCCUUUAACAUGUUCGCCUUUAUCGUUUUUUUUUUUGCCACAGUGUGAGUAUUAUAAACUCUCUACAUGAAUAAAAACUACUGAAUUUUCCCAA